GGAAGCUUAAAUCUAACCUCAGACUGCUGAAGAUAGGCUUGCCUAGUCACCGAUUACAGUAGCCUAUACAUUGUGUGACACGACUGAUCACACUGCCAAGGGUGGGAUCAAACCCAACGGCUUAGCAAAUUGACAAGAUAUCUGAGCUCUGAGACCUGUGUGCUGCAUUUAAAAAACUUUGAAAAAGGAAAAACAAUGGCGCUCAUAUCUUUACCCAUCCUUGGGCCCAUCUUGGUGUCCGAGAGUCUGGUCGCCGUGGCAACAUUGUGCACAGUCUACCUGCUGCUGCGACUCCUGCGCACAGAGAUACCAGCGGGUCUGCGCAGACCCCCCGGGCCCACACCCCUACCCCUGAUUGGAAACUUGCUGGAGCUGGGAGGCAACCCCCACCUCAGCCUGACAAAGAUGAGCCAGCACUACGGAGAUAUCAUGCAGAUCCAGAUUGGCACCCGGCCCGUGUUGGUGUUGAGUGGGAACGAGACGGUGCGCCAAGCUCUCAUCAAGCAAGGGGACGACUUUGCUGGACGGCCCAACCUCUACAGUUUCCAGUUCAUCUCUAAUGGCAAGAGCUUGACUUUCAGUAGCGACCAUGCCGGAGUGUGGCGAGCCCGGCGCAAGCUGGCACAGAAUGCCCUUCGCUCUUUCUCCACUGUUGAAAGCCUGACCAGCAGCUACUCCUCAAUGCUUGAGGAGCACAUCUCCCUGGAGGCGGAAAACUUAGUGAAGCAGCUCUCUGGGGUCAUGGAAGCUGAUGGGAGUUUUGACCCUUUCCGCCAUAUUGUAGUCUCGGUGGCCAACGUCAUCUGUGCCAUGUGUUUUGGCCGGCGCUACAGCCAUGAUGACCAGGAGCUGGUAAAUCUGGUCAACCUGAGUGAUGAGUUUGGGCGUGUGACUGCCAGCGGCAAUCCUGCCGACUUCAUCCCUGCUCUUCGCAUCCUGCCCAACCGCAACAUGCGCUCCUUCCUCACCAUUAACAACAGAUUCAACACCUUCAUCCAGAAAAUUGUGACCGAUCACUACCGCUCCUUCGACAAGAGCAACAUUCGUGAUAUCACUGACUCACUGAUUGAGCAUUGCCAAGACAAGAAGGUGGAUGAGAACGCCAACAUUCAGAUCUCUGAUGAGAAAAUUGUGUCCAUUGUUAAUGACCUUUUUGGAGCUGGCUUUGAUACAAUCAGCACUGCUCUCUCCUGGUGCUUAAUGUACUUGGUGUCCCAUCCUGAUAUCCAGAAGCAGAUCCACCAGGAAUUAGAUGAGCAUGUGGGCAGGGAGCGCAGCCCCAGGCUCUCUGAUAAACCCAGCCUGCCAUAUGCAGAGGCCUUCAUCCUGGAGACCUUCCGCCACUCCUCCUUCGUCCCCUUCACCAUCCCUCACUGUACAACGAAGGACACGGCUCUCAAUGGCUUUUACAUUCCCAAGGACACAUGUGUCUUCGUGAACCAGUGGCAGGUCAAUCACGACCCGAGUCUGUGGAAGGAUCCCUCCACCUUCUCUCCAGAGCGCUUCUUGAAUGCAGAGGGCACUGCUAUCAGCAAGGCUGAGUCGGAGAAGGUCAUGCUGUUCGGGUUGGGGAAGCGGCGCUGCAUUGGCGAGUCUAUUGGUCGCAGUGAAGUCUUUCUCUUCCUGGCUGUGCUCCUGCAGCGGCUGGAGUUUCACAGUCUGCCUGGCCAGAAACUGGACCUCACCCCUGAGUACGGCCUCACAAUGAAGCACAAGCGAUGCCAACUCGGCGCCUCUCUGCGCUACCGCCACGGAGCCGACUCUGAGGAGUGAGACUCUGCCCUCAAGGAAACACAGCACAAUCAGUGCCAGGGACAUUGAGCCGCUGCUCAACUCCCCUCAGGACUUCAGCUAGCUACUCUGUUAAGUUUUCUGUACCGAGGUGCCCAUGCAAUUGUUUGUCACCCCCUUUUGAAUGUUACCACACAAGGAUGGUUUUACAAUUAACUUUUGAACUAAUGAUCAAUGUUUUUUAGCUGUUUAAGCAUCUUUCUGAAGGUGGGGAAUGGGAGGAACACAACAGACAGAUAAUGUUUUUAAAAACAGUUAGUCUUCUUUAACAGAGUUACGUGGCUAACCACUGGAAAGCUAAAACUCCAAGUACAAACAUUGGUAACUGGUCUAAAUGGCCAUGAAUUUAAUAUUUGGUUGAAAAGUCCUGUUAAAAUGUAUCAGGCAAUGUUACACGUUUGUUGAUAGGAGAUUCUUAUCAGUUGGGAUAUAUGUAGUAAUGUUUAUCAUCUAGGCAGUUUUUCUAUUGCGCAAUGCACAGCUGUUAUUUCUACCUGCUGCUUGAGUUUUAAAGGAGGAAAGGAGUCCAAGGAAAGCAAGAUCAAUCUGAUCCAUGGAGUUAUCAACUCUCAAACAUGUAAAAGCUAUUUUACCUGGCUUUAACUUACUUACCUUUACCCUUUUGAACUCAGCUGGCUUGAUAACCAGUAUCCAACUCCAGUAGUUCACUUAGAACCAAUGUUUUUUGUAUACUUCUCUGCUUCCCAGACAUUGCUUCCUGUACAGUAGCCAAGUUGUUUGAUCCAUUAUGGAAAACAACGAUCCAGUUGGUUGCCAAGUAGAUGAAACAACCCUGGUAAACAGCAGUAUAUUAUAUACCUAAUGUGCUUACUGUUUGAAUAGGACGUGCCUUUGGUUUGGGUCAGAUGUGUAGGAGAGCUCAUACCCAGUUGGCACAUAACCCUACAGGAUCCUGUAUACUGAGCGAUUUCUUAGGGGUGGCUUUAAUAAAAAAAAACAGAAUCACUUCCCGACCUGUGAUUAUUCUCAGUGGUGCGGCGAUGCUCAAUCAAACUCAUCAUUCUACUUAAUAAGCUAGGCACUACAAAGUCAUGGACUGGGAUUGGCUGCUUUAGUUGUAUUUCUACAGUAAAUAUGCUCCAAUAAGUGUAUAUUAAGAUUGCCUGUGUCUAAUAAGAUUGAUGAUAAAACUGCAAACCUCCAUUUUUAAAAACAAACUCUAACACCAUUACAUUAACACAACAUAACACUGUCAAUACCAAAACAAACAACAAUGGCCUGCAGAUUGAACGCUGUACCUGCAGACUUACGUCACCAGAAACCCUCAAUAGAAUUACAGCCUUAUUCUGUACAGUUGGGGUACACUAUUUCUUAUAAUUCUCAGAAAGAAAUAUAUUAUUUUGUAAUUUAAACAUACACAUGAAGAAUUUUGUUGAACUGAUCAUGAUUUCUGCUUUUAUUUUGUAACUGCACAAGCAUGUAUCUGUAUGUAACAAGCUAUUUUCACAUUGUUGGUAUUUUUAACAAAAUCCAAAAGUAUCCCAAGAGAGCACUUGUUUAAUUGUGUACACAUUUAAUCUCUGUGAGAUAAUAUAAAGCUAUUGGAUGUUUAA